AUGCAUGUACGAGCUCACGAAGGCACCACCAAGUAUAAAUGUGAAAUUUGUAAUCAAGGUUUCACUAUAAGUACUCACGCCGCUGAACACAAGUAUUUUCAUACGGGAGAAAAGCCGUUCCAAUGUGAAAUAUGCGGAAAACAUUUCAUGUAUUCUUGGUUUUUAUCCAGACACAGAAAAUCAACGCAUUACGAAAUCCUCACCGGGAAUCCUUUGGUAAAAUACGACUGUUCCAUUUGUAACAAACAUUACGCUACAGCUUCUAGUUUGAGCAGACAUAAGCUAAGUAAACACAAAAAAAUCGAUGGUUCCGUACUUUGCGAUAUCUGCGGAAAAAGAUUAUCUAGUAGGGAAAAACUAAAGUUUCAUCUUAGGACGCAUACAGGUUAUAAACCCCACGCGUGUCAUUACUGCCCGAAAAGCUUUUCCAAGAAAGAUCAACUCGUCGAACACGUUAGAGUACACACCGGCGAAAAACCAUAUAUUUGUAAAUAUUGCGGUAGGGGUUUCACUCAAAGAACACCACUGAAAACCCACGAAAAAACUCAUAACAGAGAAGAAUCAACGGCUUGCGUAGUUUGUGGUGUUUCCGGAAAUUGCCCACAUUUUCCUAAAAAAUUUCCCCACCGUAAAAGUAUUGCUCCUUGCGUAAUAUGUGGUGAAAUCGGUCCUUGCCCCCAUUUACCAGCUAUGCCUUUGAAAACUAGUAAAAAUGAAGGUAUAUCGUGCCCUGUCUGUGGAUCAGAAAAUCUAUGUGAACACUUACUUAAAAUGAGUAUGAUGACGCCGACGAGAGACGACGGAGCUUGUUAUAUUUGUGGAGACUUGGGUUACUGUCCCCAUAUUUCUAGAAACCCCUUUAAAACGAAUGAAGAGAUCACAUGUAAUAUUUGCGGGCAAAUAGGAUCUUGUGCACAUUUACAGAAUAUGAUGACGUUUCCGUUCCCAUCUUAA